GAGUGAAUUUGCAUCACUUUCAUUCGACAGGGUUGGAGCAACGAGAACGAACAUGGGCCUGCAGGAGAAGAUCAACGCCAACCCGACGGUAUACGCGGUGGCCACACCGGCGCGCAAGAAAUUUGACGUGGACGAGGCGCUUGACGAGGACGUCGCUGACCCGUUCGACUCCGAUGAGGUCUUCGAAAUCCUUCGACACAUCAACGACCCAGAGCACCCUCUGACGUUGGAGCAACUCAAGGUCAUGUCGCUCGAGAACAUUCAUGUGGAUGAUGCCAACUCGCGCAUUAAAAUCUACUUCACGCCCACGAUUCCACACUGCAGUAUGGCGACACUGAUCGGACUGUGCCUUCGCGUGAAGCUGCUGCGCUCGCUACCGCCGCGUUUCAAGGUGGACAUUCUCAUUACGCCGGGCACGCACUCGUCCGAGGCGGCUGUGAACAAACAGCUCAACGACAAGGAGCGUGUAGCCGCUGCGCUCGAGAACUCGCACCUGCUCACAGUUGUGAACAAGUGCAUUGCGCACACGGACAAGUGAAGAGGAAGCGAUCUGUCAGCUUUGAAAACCUAAGCAGUUUGUGAAGGCCCAAAAGUUGGGAUACAUAUGAUAUUUGUUCACUGAAAAAAAAAGAAUUAUUGUGGACACUGACUGUAGAUAUUUUGCUGUCGAGACCGGAUCAUGCGAUUGACAGCAGCGAGGCGCUCGAGUAGUUGUUCGCGCUCGUCAAGAAGGUGGUUAAUGUCGAGAUUGGACUUUUCCUCAUCCUUGGGUGGGAAGAGAUCGCUAGCGCUGGCAUCGUUUCCAAACAGGUCUAAUACUUCUUUGGAGUCUUCUAAUGUUAACACCUCGCAGGACUCAAACAAUGAAGAUGGCGGUAGGUGCUUAUCGAUGCUAUUUGCAACGACUCCGCUGGUGCUGGGACGUUCUGAUCUGCGUUGUCGAGGAGUCAUACUAGCAAGAGCUGGCUGAGCUGUCUUCACUCGUUUUUCGAAGUUGGAUGCGUCGCGUUCUAACUGUGAAAGUGCUUCUGGUACCGCGAGUCCUGCCGUAGUCAUCGGUCGGUUUUCAUCAGAGGCAUGAGCCUUCCGGAAUGCAGCACUAAGCACUCGCAUCUCAUCCUC